ACGUGACACACUGACAUUUCACACCACGUCUAUGUGCGCUCAGCCACUAUGAACAUUAAAGUGCAUUUAGUGGAUUCAAUAAUUGAGUGAAUGCUUGCUGUUAUUAGUGUUUUUUUUCUAGAUCUAAAGAUCUGUCAUCUGAUUGAAUGACCUAAGAGAAUAUAAUAGCAGCGAAAUAGCGAAUGCUUAUUAACUGUUAGUCCGCUGAAUCACCGAUGAGAUACUCGUCGACGUUUCAGAUAAAGUUAGGUUAAUUUUUUUAAUAUCAUGACUAUGCCCUGAUUGUCCUGAUAGUUUAUAAUUCGUGAUAGUGCGUUUCCAUCUGUUUCAAUCAGAAAAAACAACUUGAAAAACUUGCGUAGCACCGCACGAAAUUUUUACACAAAUGCGUUUAUUAUAACACAUAAUCUAAGAAUAUUCUUGAAAAGAUCGACUAAAGCAAUUGGAACACAACUUGUGACGCCGUAUGCAUAAGUGUAGUGAUUUUACAAUUGGAAAACAUCCGUGCCGACCGUGCCUAUACUCAGCAUCUACAUUCUACAUAGAUGUGGCUUUUCCUUUUAUAAUGCAUUUUAUUCGGCGGAAAGUGGUCGUCAGAAACACAGAUUAGCCAAGCAAAGUCAGAAAGUGUAACGUAGCGCCGCUACGCACCGCGCAUGUUCCCUCCUUUCUUCGCGUUCUGCUGCUACUGCUAUAACCUACAAGUCGCCGUCCACUUUCUUCGCCCAGCGAAAUCGUGAGUCGCGGUGAGGUUAAGUCGCCAGGAGUACGCAGCGGAGUGUAGCCCUCGACGCGUUGCGGGUCAGCGAUCAUUGCGACAACGAUUGCGGCAAAGUGUCGGAGUAUCGCAACUAGAGUGUCCUAGCGAACGAUGAACAUGGCAGCAAGCGCUGGUCUCACACGGCAGGAAGUGCUGAUGCUGGUAGCGAGAUUGACAUGCGUCGCGGCGAUCGGCUUCUUCAGCAUGAGAUGGCUCAUCAGUCAACUUGACCCUACCAGGAGCACAAAGCAGAGAGCCAAGAAGAAGGCUCGGGAGCAGUUACGCAAAUUGGCAGAGAGCGACAGAUACGCGCGAUCCUUCGACAUGGACCAGCUGACAGACUACGAGAUGAUAAUAGCUAAUCAUCUGGUGGAUCCAAAUGACAUCAAAGUAUCGUGGAGCAGUAUUGCCGGUCUGGACAGCGUUAUUCAAGAGCUCAAAGAGACGGUCAUCCUGCCUAUACAGAGAAAGGAAUUGUUUGAAGAUUCGCAGCUGACUCAAGCGCCCAAGGGAGUAUUGCUGUACGGUCCGCCAGGUUGCGGCAAGACCAUGAUCGCCAAGGCCACCGCUCGCGAGGCGAAGACCCGCUUCAUAAAUCUAGACGUGAGCAUCUUGACUGACAAGUGGUAUGGAGAAAGUCAGAAGCUGGCCGCCGCCGUUUUCUCAUUGGCAGUCAAACUGCAGCCCUGCAUUAUUUUCAUUGACGAGAUAGAUUCGUUCUUGAGAUCGCGCAAUUCACAAGAUCACGAGGCCACGGCAAUGAUGAAGGCCCAGUUUAUGUCACUGUGGGAUGGUUUGAUAACCGAUGCCGACUGUACCGUGAUUAUAAUGGGAGCCACUAAUAGGCCGCAAGACUUAGAUAAGGCGAUUUUGCGUCGUAUGCCAGCGACUUUCCAUAUCGGAUUGCCGAAUGAGCAGCAGCGAACAAAAGUUCUGCAAUUGAUACUGAAAAACGAGCCAACCGCAGACAACGUAGAAAUCGCAACGUUAGCGAAGCACGCAGAAGGCUUCUCCGGAUCUGAUUUACAAGAGCUUUGUCGGAACGCGUCUAUAUAUCGUAUUAGAGAUUACUUAUACACACACGACGGACUCAAAUAUGAGAACAACACAGACGACGAGUACGACGAAGAAUUUCACGAUACCGUGCGGCCCAUCACGAUGGAGGACCUACUCAAAUCAUUCAGGAAGAUGCGAACAUCGAAACUACACACGGGAACGCUAAGCACAAGACAACUGGAUCUAGAUUAAGGAAAGGAACUUAUUUGUAAGUCGUUGUCUGUGACUGGUUUUUUUUUAUAGUUCUUCGUGUGCUACAUAGAUGUUACGACAACGAUGACAGUGAUAUUCUGCUUCAUCAUGAAACUAUAAUCCUCGAUACUGUUGGAAGUGGUUUCCUUGUCGUAAACGUUUAAAAAUUUUUAUGAAGAUAUUACGAUGUUGAAGUAGCACUGAAAUAGAAUCAUUGAGCGAAGUGUUCAUAAUUCCAUAGUAAAAGACAUCGUGGGGGAAAAUUUUAUAAUAAGACGUGUAAUGGAGUUUUCCUCCGGACAUGGUUGUAUUAAACAUCUAUGGCGACAAGGGCGUUCAAAUCUGUUACAUCAAAAUUUUUAUUUUAUCUCAGUUCCUUUUAGAAAAUAUGAUUUGUUGUAAGUCCAUUAAGCAAAUUAUAUUUUUAUUUCAACAGAAUUGAAUAAGUUUGAAAUAUUUCUUUUUAUAAUAUGUAUACAGAUAAAAUAUAAAUAUAAUUGAAGCUAGUAAACGUAUAUGUUCAAAAUUUGUGUAUAUGAUUAAAUGUAUAACAGAGUAUUAAAUUGUACAAGAAAAAAGUGAAAAAGAAUAACUUUCGAUUGUUAAUUGUUAACAGCAAAUGGAAAAAUGAUAUCGAUUUGGAAAUUUUGGGAUAAACUCCGAUGAACUGUACCUUAAUGCUGUAUGAGAUUUUUAUAUAAUACGCUUUUACAUGUGUUACAAUUAUAAAAUUAUAAUAAUAUAUUCCGCCUUUCAAAUGGCACAUACAAAUAUGCAUUUCUGUAUAUUUUGUUAUGUAGCAAAUUCAAUUUUGAGUGAAGAAUCGUCAAUUUCUUUAUAUAAUUGGAAUUGUAAAAAAAUGUAAAAAUGUAAUAUCUUAAUUUUAUGAUUAUGCAUAUUACAUUAAAUUAUUGCUUAUGUUUAUAAGGUUUAGUUAGUCGAGUACAUGAAUUAACAUAUUUCGGUAUUUUACAGAAAAAUAGUAAGAGAAAAAUUAGAAACUUUUUAUGAAUAUAUAUGUGUUGCACACAAAUUAUAUUUACUGAUAAAAACAUCACAAAUUAUCAUUUUUUUAAUGAUAGAAUUACGUUUCAGUAUAAUGUACAUCACAAUAUUUUUACUUUGCUUUCCAAUGAAAUCAACAGUAAUGUUUAACAAACGAGAUCUGAAUUUUAAUGUACAGUUAUUAUCCGGCAAUGCUUGUGUGCUAUUUAAUUCCACACUUGUAAAUAUAUGUAAAGAUAUUAUAAUAGAGUGCAUCUUGUAAUAUAGAUGUUAAGAUAUUAUAUGAUGAUUACAUGAAAAUUUCAGAUUUAAAUUUAAUAGUUUAUCUGAUGCUAGUAUAUUGCCAUUUCGGAAUAAGAACUGUUUCAUUUUAGGAAGAUUAUAAAAAAUAUAUAUAUAUAUAGACAAGUAGAACAGAAAACAGAAUAAUAUACAAAUUCGAAAAACAUUCAUACUUUUGCAGAAAUGUCCUGAAACCGUUUAAAAUUAAAUUCGAUUGCGCACAAUUUCAAAAAUGUUACUUAUGUAUGUUAUACUAAGAAAUAAAUUCCGUUUAAAGAAAAA